UGGUGGAAAAACGUUUUAUGCGUCGUUUUCAGUCGAAUUCCGUGGCGGAAAUGCGGGAUUUCAUGCGAUAAAAAUUAAAAAAUGCGAGACGGAUGCUACAACGCGUUCAUCAUCGCCGACCAUCAACUGCCUAUAGCGAGCAAAUAGGAAAAAUUUGAGUGUCUAAGCGAAAUAGUGCCCGUGUUUUUCGCAAUUUUAUGCGGUUUAUAGUCAAAAAAACACAGCUACAAAACCAACAACGUUUCCUCAUGCGUUUUGAUUAGUUUGUAAUGUUUUGGUUGAGCUGACUACUUUUAAUUUGAGUCUGUUUUGAUCUGAUCCAGACAAUUCGACGAUAUCUAAAACGACGGCUAAAAACCAACCUUUGGAUAAUACAAGUGUAAUGCAAUCAGGAACAGAAAACAGUGUGACAACGACACCGACGCCGGUGCCGACGGCAACUGCUCCAAAAAUGGAAUCAAAAGAGCCGCCACCACGCAUCGAGAUCCCCGUUGAGCCGGUAAACGGAAUCGUUCAGCCACACGUCGUACCGCCGCCAGAGCGCCCUGGGCGCAACACGAACCAACUGCAAUUUUUAUGCAAAAACGUCAUGAAAGCCGUCUGGAAGCAUCAAUUCGCGUGGCCCUUUCAGCAGCCCGUCGAUGCAAAAACUCUCAACUUACCGGACUACCAUCGGAUAAUCAAGCAGCCCAUGGACCUGGGCACGAUCAAGAAACGCCUCGAGAACAAUUACUACUGGAGCGCCAAGGAGGCGAUUCAGGACUUUAACACGAUGUUCUCCAACUGCUACGUGUACAACAAGCCCGGCGAGGAUGUCGUUGUGAUGGCGCAGGCACUAGAGAAGGUUUUCCUGGGCAAAAUCGGGGCAAUGCCAAAGGACGAAGUCGAAAUGGAGCCUCCCGCGAAAGGGGGCAAGAAAAAACCCACAGCGCCGCGCCCUUCGAACGCCGGGAUGCCGGGAACGCCGCAAACUCCUCUCAGCAGCGGCAAAGUUCGUCCGGGCAGCGCACUAAGUGGCACCGUUACGUCAACGAGUGUGCCGGGAACGCCGUCUCCCGCAACUGUCGCAGGCACGCCAGGCGCCAAUAUUCCCCCGAUUGCCAAUAUUCCGCCAUCUAGUGUACCUGGAAGCACAAAUACGACAACUACCGCAGUCCCAAAUGCAAUUCCUAAUAGUGCGACGCACAAUAAUGCCGCCACGACACUCACCAAUCAGCAAUCUAUGAUUCCGCAGGGAGCGACGCCCGGCGCUCCUUACCUUGUAAAUACGUCGCAGCCGGGCAUGGAGAGUGUUUUGCCGCCGCAACCGCCCGCAAAAGUAGUCAAAAAGGGAGUAAAGAGAAAGGCUGACACCACGACACCCACAGCAACGGCAUUUGAAGGCUAUGGCGCACCGAUGGAGAACAAAAGUGCAAAAAUUGCCACACGAAGGGAAUCUGGCAGACAGGUAAAUAAGGAUAUUGCACCAUUCCAGUCCUCCGCAUAUCCAAUGUCGCCCCUAACUGGUCAAGGCUCAUCACAGUAUCCACCGAAAAACAAGGAAAAGUUAUCCGAAGCCCUCAAGUCAUGCAACGAAAUCCUAAAAGAGCUCUUUUCGAAGAAGCAUUCGGGCUAUGCGUGGCCCUUCUACAAGCCCGUCGACGCCGAGCUGCUCGGGCUGCACGAUUAUCACGACAUCAUCAAGAAACCCAUGGACCUGGGCACGGUGAAGCGAAAAAUGGAUAGUCGCGAGUACAAGACCGCACAAGAAUUUGCCGGCGACGUCCGAUUGAUAUUCACAAAUUGCUACAAGUACAAUCCGCCGGAUCAUGAUGUUGUCGCGAUGGGACGCAAAUUGCAGGACGUCUUCGAAAUGAAGUACGCCAACAUACCGGAUGAGCCAGUCAAUAAUAUCGCGCAGCAUCAUGUGAAGGCGAACGAGGCGUCGUCGUCGUCCGACAGUGAUUCCAAUGAUACCGACCUCGAUUCUGACUCGGAGGAGGAGCGGAACGCCAAACUGAAACAGCUGGAAAAGCAAUUGCUGGAAAUGCAGGACAAGAUGCGACGAUUGAUAGAGGAAGGUGCGCAGAAAAAGAAGGAAAAGAAGAAGAAAGUACCAAAAGAUAAGAAGGCAAAAGCUGGUGCAAUGCCCGGAGUGCCCGAAGGUGCUCUUGGUUUAGGCUUACAACAACCAGCUGCACCAAAGGCCAAAAACAAGGGUGCUCGUGCCCCGAAAGGCGCUGCUGGCGUCGUUGGCGCCACACCCGGAGCCCCCGGAAUGAAUGCCGCACAAGCAGGCGCUCCGCCCAACAAGAAGGCACGCAACUCAACCGCUGGCCAAGGCGGAAAUCGCGGUGCCAACAAGAAAAAAGGCGCACAGCCCGCAGCACCUGCCAUACCUCAUUACGAUUCGGAAGAAGAAGACACAGCCAAGCCGAUGUCAUACGAUGAGAAACGGCAACUAUCACUUGAUAUUAACAAAUUGCCAGGUGAUAAACUGGGACGCGUUGUACAUAUUAUUCAAAGUAGAGAACCAUCAUUGCGCGAUUCGAAUCCGGAUGAAAUUGAAAUCGACUUCGAAACACUUAAACCAUCGACACUGCGUGAAUUGGAAAGCUAUGUGGCAUCAUGUCUUCGUAAAAAAACUCGUAAGCCUUACUACAAAAAAGUAUCAGGAAAGUCGAAGGACGAACAAAUGGCGGAAAAGAAACAAGAACUAGAGAAACGCUUACAAGAUGUAACUGGCCAACUUGGUACCGCCAAAAAAUCUACCAAGAAAGAUGAAGCUGCAAAGGAAGCCGCUCACGUCAAUCGACUAUCAUCUAGCAGUAGUACUACAGAUUCAACAUCAUCUAGCUCUAGUGAUUCUAGUUCGAGUGAUUCAAGUGACAGUGAAGCAGGCGAUGAGAAACAGUCAAAAAAGAAAUCCAGUAAGAAGGGUUCGUCGCCAGCUGUUAAUACGGCACCUGCUGCCGCAUUGUCAACUACUAAUCCAACGGUUACUACUUUGCCGCCCUCUGCGCUCCCCACUGAUCCUGCGUUACAACAGUCACAACAACAAAACUCCUCGGGCACGACACAACCCACGCAUCCCCAACACACACAAUCUCAAUCACAGGCCACACAAAACAAUCCGACAGUUACCCAGGCGUCAUCGGGUGUUCCCAAUCUAACGAUAAACCCCAAUUUGUAUCCCGCGACACUGGCAACCAGCAAAAACGACUCCCUCACUCAGAACACGAAUCAGUCCGUACCGCAACAACAAGCGCCAUCCAACACGGGAUCCAAUGUAAAAACUAGUAUUAGCAACAGUGUGAUGAAUAACAUGAAUAACACAAAUAGUAAUAGUAGUAAUAGUGCUUCAAAUGCUGUGCCACUGCCGAAUCCGUCGCCGCAAUCGAUGAAAUCGGAGCCGGUGCCGCUGUUGUCUUCGCAUCCGCAGCUGCUGCCCAUCACGUCGUCUUCGUCGUCCGCGUCGUCGGGCAUGAUUCCGAACAUGAAUUCGCUGAUGCAGUCGGCGGCGAGUCAGUUGCAGCAGCAUCUCACGUCGGGGCAACAGCUGAACAGCUUGCUGAGCGGAAAUGCGAAUGCCAUGAAGCAGGCGGGCGGCGGCGUUCCGACAUCGGGCGCCAAUGCCAACAACACGGGCAACAAUGGCGGAGGCGGCGUCGGUGCGGGCAACCAAUCAGGCAUGUCCGAUGCCGCAGCUGCACUCAACGCGAACUACAUGGACCAGAUUGAGUUGUCGCUGGCACAAUUUGAGGCGAAGAACAACGAAAUGAUGAAUAGCUUGAGUCACUCGAGUCUAAUGCACGACAUUUCCCUUCUCAAACAGGACCAGCUGAGCAGUUUGCAGGCGCAGCAGAACAUCAUGAACCAAAUGUCCUCGCAAAAUCUCCACAUGCAUUUGAGCAACAACGGCUUCGGCAUGGAUAUGGCAGCUGCCAUGAACGGUUUAGCGCCCGGACUUGCACCCGGCAUGGGAAUGGGCAUGCAUCUCAACUCGAUGGCGUCGCAAAUGGCACCCAUGUUCGAUCCCUUUAAUCCGCUCGGCAAGCCACCGAAUUACAACAACAACCCGAAUAACAAUGCCAGCAACGCGAAUAACGUGCAUGGCGGCAAUAACGGAGGCGGCGGCGGCGGCGCAAAUGUCGGCGGGCAACAAGGCAGCGGCGGCAAGAUGAAAGACGAGAAAUAUCUCGGGGUGAGACCGCUCGAGGAUCUCAUGAUGAAUCCGAAUGACAAGAAAAUGGGCGGCGGCGGCGGAAAUCAUGGGGGCGGCGGACACGAUGUCAACAACAAGAUGGGCGGAUUUGGCGCGAAUAACGUGAAAAAUGCCAAUUCGUGGUCGAGUCUCGCAUCGGGAUCGCCACAAAGUACACCAAAGCCAAAACCUCCGGCAAUGGACACAUUCCAGGCGUUCAAGAAGCAGGCGAAGGAGAAGGAAGCCCGUCAAAAGUUGCUCGAGCAGCAGGAAAUUAAGCGGGUGCAGAAGGAGCAGGCCGAGAAGGAACGCCAACGACAACAGGAGCAAAUCAAGGCGAAGCAGCAGCAGGAGCAAGCGGAACAGGCACUUAAUAACGGAAGAAAAAUGGAUCAAGUAAGUCGUGCCGAUGAAUUAAAGGCAUCCCCACACGCCAACAGUCAAUCCCCAAUUGCAUCAGCAGUGUCAGCGGCAGAUAAACGCGCCGAAUUACGACGAAUGGAGCAAGAACGAAGGCGACGUGAAGCCUUAUCCAGUCAAAUUGACAUGAAUAUGCAAAGCGAUCUAAUGGCUGCCUUUGAGGAAUCAUUGUAAAAAGUACCAAAACUGAAAAAAAUGAAUGAAAUUGAUCAUUGAAAUGAAGACGACUGGUUGUUCAAGAAAAAUCACACUUGUAUGUGUUACUAAAAAAAUAAUUGCUGAAAAAAAAUUGUAACAAUAUUUUUAAAUUAAAAAUUCAAAUCUUAACUAUACUAACACAGAAACAACAACAACAACAACUAGAUAGACUUAAGUAUAAUUUUUAAGUUAUUACUUAUUUGUGAUAAAAAAAAAGAAAUAAAAA